UCAAGUUCAGUGCUGUGCGCAGUCAAAGCAUAGUGAAAACCGCUUUCAGCUUUCAGUUAAGCUGCAACGUUACAACCAAACGGUCGCUACGGUUUUAAGACACGGCGCUUACUCAACGGCGAACAUCAUAAAGUUUGUGUGCGUGUGCGUGCGUGCGUGUAUUUCUGCUGGACGCAGGCGACUCGGUGAUAAUAAAACAGCAACAACAACACUGUGAGUGUUUAGUAUUUCAUGCUCCAACAAAAGAAAGUCAACGAAAAGAGAAAUGCAAUAAAUUUAAAUAUUUAAAUAAAUUAAAGAAGGCAAUUCUGAUUGAAUCUUGAUCUGUGUGACAGUGAAUUCCAAUAACAAAAUUAAUUUUGACUUUAAAGUGUUUGCGGCACGCAUAUGUGUUAGUGUGCGUGUGUGUUUGUUGAGAGCAGUUGCGCGAAUUGUUGGAAAAGUGAAGUCAUAAUUUUGCGAAAUAUAAGCAGCAUUAACAACGUUUAAAUUGUCUAUUAAAUUAACAGCUGCGCUUAAAUCAGUCAACAGCAGGCAUUCGUCUAACGUUCAGUGGAGCUUCUUCAAUAUAAUUUUCGUGUGAAGAUUGGUGUUAGCUGGCAGCAAACAAGAUGAUUCUGCGGACCGCAUAUACCUGCAUAUUCCUCCUAUACUCCUAUCAUUGCCUAGCACAAUCCACAAAUGAGCUUGAUGCCGCACUGCCCGAACCACGUGCUUACAUACCCGAUUCACAGUAUUUGGACUUUGUCUAUCAUGAUCAUGAUGAGUUGACAAGAUUUCUGAGAGCGACAAGCGCUCGCUAUCCAAACCUAACAGCACUUUACUCUAUUGGCAAAUCGAUACAAGGACGAGAUCUGUGGGUUAUGGUGGUCUCUUCCUCCCCUUACGAGCAUAUGAUCGGUAAACCGGAUGUGAAAUAUGUGGGCAAUAUCCAUGGCAAUGAGCCGGUGGGUCGUGAGUUGCUGCUGCAUCUCAUACAGUAUUUCGUGACCAGCUACAAUACCGAUCAGUAUGUGAAAUGGCUGCUGGACAAUACACGCAUACACAUCAUGCCAUCAAUGAAUCCGGAUGGCUUUGCGGUUUCUAAAGAGGGCGCCUGUGAUGGUGGGCAGGGCAGGUAUAAUGCCCGAGGUUUCGAUUUGAAUCGCAACUUCCCCGACUACUUUAAGCAAAACAAUAAGCGUGGACAACCCGAAACCGAUGCAGUAAAGGAUUGGAUAUCGAAAAUACAGUUUGUCUUGAGUGGCAGUUUGCAUGGCGGCGCUUUAGUGGCGAGUUACCCCUAUGAUAACACGCCAAACUCUAGAAUUUGUCGAUCGUCGGCUUUGUGCGCGAUGUUCCAAACGUACUCGGCGGCCCCGUCACUCACACCGGACGAUGACAUCUUCAAGCAUUUAUCACUCGUCUAUGCGAAGAAUCACGCGAAAAUGUCACGUGGUGUGGCUUGUAAAUCGGCAACACCCGCCUUUGAGAAUGGCAUUACGAAUGGCGCUGCCUGGUAUCCACUCACCGGUGGCAUGCAGGAUUACAACUACGUUUGGUAUGGUUGCAUGGAGGUGACGUUGGAAAUCUCAUGCUGUAAAUAUCCGCCUGCGUAUGAGUUGAAAAAGUACUGGGAGGAUAAUCAGUUGUCUAUGAUAAAAUUUUUGGCUGAGGCUCAUCGUGGUGUGCAAGGAUUCGUGUUGGAUCCCACAGGUACGCCUAUUGAACGCGCCUCGCUGAAGAUUAAAGGACGUGAUGUCGGAUUCCAGACGACCAAGCAUGGCGAGUUCUGGAGAAUAUUGCUGCCCGGUUAUUAUAAAUUAGAGGUCUUUGCGGAGGGCUACGCACCUCGCGAGGUGGAAUUCAUUGUUGUCGAACAACAUCCAACCCUGCUAAAUGUCUCAUUGACCCCUUCAAAGCUACUUUCACCACCAACAACAAAAACAACAACUGCGAGAUAUAAUUUAAAAAUAAUUUGGGGCACUAGUAGUGGUGAUAAAGAUAGAAUAAUUUUUCCUAUUAAUUAAUUACGUUUUAAGCCUUAGAUAGAAGAGUACGGAUAAAUUUUUUUGAAAAAUCUAGCUGUAAAGGAAGUUGGAUAUAUUUGUCUUGUUAAGCUUUUUGGUGUAACUAAAAAUGUAAAUAAAUGUUUUUCAAGGUUGAAGAAAACUUAUUUUUAUACUAAGCUAAUCAAGAAAUACUAAAGGAAUUUAUAGAAAUACUAAAGUAAUGCCUUUUAGUCUCGAAAUAUGAUCAAAAACACAAUUACCAAGCAAAUAGGAACCUGUGGUAGGUCUAUCUUAGUGAAAAUCUUUUCAUCCAGCAACACUACUGAUACACGCAGUAUUGUGAACUCAAAGCAGAAUAUCAAGCUUUUUGUUCUCUAACCCCUACCCCGAUAGCGAAGUGUUAAUCAAGACAUCAUUUUGUCGCUAAAUUGACAUCUCUAAACAAUGUGACAAAAAAGUACCCAAAAAUACUAAAUAAAACGCAAAAUACUUUGUUAUUCAUUAAUAUUUAUUUUUACGCCUUCAAAGUAAUCCCCACCAGUUGUAAUAUACUCGUACUUAUGCCAACAAAGUAGUUAAGUCCUCGAAACUCUUAUCAAAAGCACUUUUUGGAAUGGCCUUCAGCUUGUUCAGCGAAUUUUGACAUCACCUCGAUUUUUGAGCAGCUUUGGCAUGCUUUUUUUUUUGGUUUCGACUCGUUUUUUGCCUUCCAUUCCGAUGAUUGUUGACUUUUUUGCAUGUCAAACUCAUAAACCGUUGUCUAAUGCUCACCUUAAAUGUGAGAACGGAAUUCGCAUGAUUAAGCAUGUCCAAAGAGACCUACUUACAGUACUCUUUUUAAAGAAAUUUCAGCUUUAUCGCGACGAGUCGACCAAGAACGCAUUUCAUACCCAAAAUAUCUACCAAAAUCAUUCGAACGGGCUCGCGAGAGAAGGUCAACUCUCUCUCUAUCUCUCUAACACU